GUGCCUCCUCCGCCCGGCGGAGCUGCCCUCGCUGCGCCGCCCAAGUUCACAGAGCCGCGGCAGCGCGCACGGAGCGGAUGGGCUGUUUGUUUGGCUGAGGGUCGUCGGACGGACGAGCGAUCCCCUUCACUCGACUCCACUAAGCCCGGACGGACUUAAACAUCUGAAACUUUUCUCCAAACAUCGUUUUCCUCAUUGACCGGUUUUGUUUCCUUCUCUCCGGAUGGUUGGUCUUCCUGAUGGCGCGCUCUCACCAACAUGGACGCGGAUAGUCUGCCGGCCACAGACUAGAUAACAGACCACCCCUUUAAAUUAUAAAUGUAGACUUUAUUCUAACAAGACGUAUUAUUUACUAACUGGAUGUAACCAGACCGGGUCCCCCCCCCCCCCCCCCUCUCUCCCCUCCCGUCCCAUCCCUCCCCCCCAAGAGGUCACACACUAUAAUGAACAGUCUCCCGCUGGUGUUUCGGUGAACUUUUUUUUUUUUCUUCCCACGACUCGCCAUGUCGGGAGUGGUCCGCACGCUGAGCCGCUGCCUGCUCCCGUCCGAGGCCAGCCGGGAGCCGGGCAGCAGCAAGGAGGGCAGCCGGGAGAGCAAAGCGGCGAAGGAGCGGGAGGCGCGGCGCAGGAGCCGGGAGAUCGACGCGAUGCUCGCCCGGGAGAGGAGAGCCGUGCGGCGGCUGGUGAAGAUCCUGCUGCUCGGGGCCGGAGAGAGCGGAAAGUCCACAUUCCUCAAACAGAUGCGCAUCAUUAACGGCCAGGAGUUUGAUAAAAAGGCACUUCUGGAUUUCCGGGACACCAUCUAUGAGAAUAUACUGAAGGGCAUGCGCGUGCUGGUGGACGCCCGGGACAAGCUGGGCAUCGGCUGGCAGAGCUGCGGCAACGAGAAGCAGGGCAUGCUGGUGAUGUCGUGGGAGGGGCGCGUGGGCGGCUCGGGGGUCGAGCCCAGCGAGUUCCAGCUGUACGUGAUGGCGCUGGGCGCGCUGUGGGCCGACGCCGGCGUGCAGGAGGCCUACGCUCGGCGCUCCGAGUUCCAGCUGAGCGAGUCGGUCAAAUACUUCCUGGAUAACUUGGAUCGCAUUGGUCAACUUAACUUCAUCCCGAGCAAGCAGGACAUUUUGUUUGCGAGGAAGGCGACGAAAGCCAUCGUGGAGCACGACUUUGUCAUAAAGAAGAUCCCUUUCAAGAUGGUGGACGUGGGAGGCCAGCGGUCCCAGAGGAAGACCUGGUUCCAGUGUUUCGACGGGAUCACGUCGAUCCUCUUCAUGGUUUCCUCGUCGGAGUACGACCAGGUCUUGAUGGAGGAUCGGAGGACGAACCGCUUGGUGGAGAGCAUGAACAUCUUCGAGACCAUCGUCAACAACAAGCUCUUCCUCAACGUGUCCAUCAUCCUCUUCCUCAACAAAACCGACCUGCUGGUGGAAAAGAUCCGCACGGUGGACAUCCGCAAGAACUUCCCCGAGUUCAGAGGAGAGCCCCGCAGGCUGGAGGACGUACAGGCGUUCCUGGUGCAGUCGUUCAGCCGGAAGAGGAGAAACCGGGGCAAGCCGCUCUUCCACCACUUCACCACCGCCGUGGACACGGAGAACAUACGCUUCGUCUUUCACGCCGUCAAGGACACCAUCCUGCAGGAGAACCUCAAAGACAUCAUGCUGCAGUGACCCCCUCCGGACGGGCCGCCAGACGACGGCUUCUCUCCGACUGUGAACUGUGAAACCAGCCAUUAGCCCGGCCCCCGUCGGGACCCACCACCGGCGCAUAUUAACACCGACCUGUGGAGGAGGGCGGCGGAUUUUAACUGAACCCUGAACCCUGAGUGACCCCCUUGACCUGUCGGCACCCUGUGGAAACUAUGAGGGUCGUACUGUGAGGACAAGGCCCUUGAAUAUAACCCGCAUGAAUGUGUGUAUGUUGGGAAGAUAGGCUGCCUACUUGUAGCUGCGGUGUUCUCGACCUUCAUUCACAGGUUAGAAAAUGUAAAAAAAAAAAAUUAGUAGAGAAGAUAGAGAAAAAGCACCAACUACAUGAGCACUGAAAGUGUUUUUUUCUAAGAUGUAUAUAUGUAAGUAUGUGUGUGAGUGUGUGUAGAUAUAUACAGUAUAUAUAUAUAUCACUAUUGACAACCCUGUCACUAAACACAACUGCCGCCGGGUGAGAUGUGGCAGGACCGAGCUGCGUGAGCCAACAGCAGGAGGCAGGGAGGAUUUGGGGAAGUGGAGAGCGAGCUGAAAGAAUUGCCUGGUCUUCAGAGUCCACGUGACGCGGUGAGAGAGAGAGAGAGAGGGGGGGGGGGGGGCGAGGGCUUGUUGCUCGUUCUGGUCAUAUGCCGCGUUGUGUGAUACGGUUGCACAAGUGUUCCUGUCAGUGACCUUUAACGGAGGAAGAAGGCCAAUCUUUACCUCUUGUGUUCGUAGCUCCCGCCAUCACACGAGAGAUGAACAGCUGCAGAUAAAAAAAUAAAAAAAAGAAGAAAAAAAAAA